AUGCUAUCCGUAGUAGCGAUUCCGAAGAUAUGUGUCACAGGUGCUGCGAGAAGAUGCUUCUCGCUGACUGCAAAGAAACUAUACGCAGAUGAUUAUAAACCGACGGCUAUGUCUUCCAAUGCACCUUCACUGACAAAAGACCAAGCCAAAAAGAGAGAGUUGAAAAGAUUGGUACAACGAAAGGCCGAAGCAAAGAAACCGGCUACAGCAAGCCCACUGUACAUGCCAGUUACAAUGGCAUUAAGAUACCUACGCGCAGCAGAAGUUGGCAGACCGCAAUCGCAACAGACAAUUAAUUUGACUACACUGGUAGUGGGUGAAAGAGGUACAGCGCCUUUGUCUGGUAGCGUCACAUUUCCUAAGCCUUUAAGAUAUAUUAAAGUUGCUGCCUUCACUAACGACGAAAGUAAACUGGAAGAACUUCGUGAGAAAUACCCGAAUCAUUUAAUUGGUGGAGCAGACCUUGUCGCCAAAAUUAAAAAUGGUGAAAUUUCUGUUGACUUUGACAAGGCAUUUGCUACGCCAGAUAUUGUUCCAGCUUUACAAUCACAGGUCGCCAGGAUACUUGGCCCUCGCGGAGUUUUACCCUCUGCUAAAAAAGGUACAGUGAGCGAUGAUAUAAGCUCCCUACUUCAAGAAAGCCUAGGAUCUAUGCCUUUCAGGCAAAGGGGCAACUCUAUCAGUCUCGGGGUUGGGAAAAGUUACUUCACUGAUCGAGAAAUUUUGCAAAACAUUAUAUCUGCCAGAGCAGCAUUAAAAACAGCUGUUGAUAACCAAAAAUCCAAGAAACCUAAUAUACUAAGUAAAACCACGUUGUCAAGCACGCAUGGUCCCGGUAUUGUAAUCGAUUUUGCCUAG